AUGACGGCUCUGCCAGUGGCAGAGGCGCCGGGGAGGGAGGAGAGCAGGAUGACUUGCUUCUCAUGUUGCAAGGUGGACGUCGACGAGCCUGACGAGUCUGCGAGGAGGGCCAGAAUAAGAAGGCCAUACUGCAGUGGUGGGAUGAGAUUGAACUCGCUUUUAGCAACUUUUUCGGUUAAGUCAGGUAGCAGCCAGUGCAGGAAUUUACAGAAGGAGAUACUAAAGACGGGACACGCGAAGAAAUCUGCGCAGCUUUUUACAUACGAGGAACUGGCUGCUGCAACUGAUAACUUCAAUCCUGAUUCUCUGCUGGGAGAAGGUGGAUUUGGGAAGGUGUACAAAGGUUACUUGGACAGCAUUAAACAGAUUGUGGCGGUAAAGAAACUUGACAGGAAAGGGUUGCAAGGGAGCAGAGAGUUCUGCUCUGAAGUUAUCAUGUUGAGUUUGGUUCAACACGCGAACCUCGUCGAUCUUAUUGGCUAUUGUGCAGAAGGAGAUCAGAGAAUUUUAGUGUAUGAAUUUAUGGUCAAUGGAUCUUUGGAGAAUCACCUUCUAGGUAUGCAGAAACACAAUGUGGAGCCUCUUGAUUGGUACACAAGGAUGAAAAUAGCCGAAGGAGCAGCAAAAGGGCUCGAGUACUUGCACGAAACUGCCAAUCCGCCAGUGAUUUACCGUGAUUUGAAAGCUUCAAACAUUUUGCUAGACGAAAAAUUAUGUCCAAAGCUCUCUGAUUUUGGACUUGCUAAGUUAGGUCCAACCGGAGACAAGGACCACGUGACUACUAGAGUGAUGGGGACUUAUGGCUACUGUGCACCGGAGUAUGCUUCAACAGGACAGCUGACAAUAAUGUCUGAUGUCUACAGCUUUGGAGUUGUGUUUCUCGAGUUAAUCACAGGAAGGAGAGCUAUUGAUGAUCAAAGACCGGUUGGGGAGCAGAUCCUAGUCAGUUGGGCAAAGCCAAAGCUAAAGGACAGAAAGAAAUACGCAUCGAUGAUUGACCCGUUACUUCGAGGAAGAUAUCCGGCGAAGGGUCUGAACCAAGCUGUUGCAAUUGCAGCAAUGUGUCUGAACGAGGAAGCUGAUUACCGGCCUUCGAUGGGUGAUGUUGUGACCGCUCUCGGGCACCUGUCGUUGCCAGUGUACGACAGAAAAAGUGCCAAGGGUGCAUUGGGAAACAGAGGCGCGCACGUUGAGUCGGUAAGCAGAGGAAGUUUCGGAGGUGACAAAUAGCUAUAGCAAUAGGAUCCAUGUGCAAGCUGAAGAAU